AUGGGUGCCCUGGCCUGGGUGCGCGACAGCCACAAGCGCCCCGCCGCCGAGGGCGGCGGCGCCGCCGCCGGCAGCGGCGCCCCGCACGGGCGCACCAUCGUGUCGGGUGCCCCUGUGGUGCUGCCACCGCCGUCUAAGAAGGCCAAGAAGAUGGUGUGGAAGCGGGAUGCGGCAGCCGCACCCGCAGGGCAGCAGCAGGCAGUAGCAGCCCAGCAGCAGCCGGCGGCGGCGGCUGCGAAGCAGCAACAGCAGGCGCCGGACGUGCCGCAGCCACAGGCAGGUGCCGCCCCUGCCGCCCCUCAGCAGCAGCAGCAGCAGCAGCAGCAGCCAGGUUUGCAGGGCAGCGCACCAUAUCGGCAGGAGCGAGGUAAGCAGGCCCAUCUGGGUGGUCAGAAGCAUGCGCAUGCGACGCGAGCGGCGGGCGGCCAGGCAGCAGCAGCAGCAGUGGGCAAGGCGGGAGCCGGCGCAGCAGCAGGCGGGGCGCCCAACCCCGCCGAGACCGCGUCUGCUGCGGCGGAGGUGGAGCGGCUGCGGCAGGCCAUCCAGGCUCAGGAGGCGCGGCUGCGCCAGCAGGCUGCCAGCGCCGCGGCCGCCCAGGCCAAGGCGGCGGCGGAGGUGGUGAAGCAGGCGCGGCAGAAGGAGGCGCGGCGGGCCAAGCUGGAAGCCGGCUUUGCGGCCGCGCUGGCCGCGGUGCAGAAGGAGGCGGCAGAGGCGGCCGCCGCCGCGGGCCCCUCGGCGCUGGCGGCAGAUCAGGCAGAGGUGCGGCGGGUGCUGGACGCGCGGGACGACUACAGCCUGCUGCAGCUGGCGCCCGGGGCAGCGGCGGCGGCAAUACGCAAGCGGUACAGGGAGAUGGCGGUGGCUCUGCACCCCGACAAGUGCAAGCAGGCGCAGGCCAAGGAGGCCUUCCAGCGCCUGGUCAAGGCUUACCAGAACCUGGCGAAGUAUGCGCAUUAG